CCGCCACUACCUCACUGGUGAACCGGCCCACUCUUGAUCCGCUAUGGUUGCUUCAGCUCGGGCUCAAUCUGCCGUUGCUGCAGGACACGGCCUGUGCAUUCAGCUCCCACCAUGCGGAUUCCUGCUCGCAACCAAGCUUCUGCCUGACUCCUUAGGUGGUUAGUUAAAAAGGCGGGCGGGGGAGGAAUAGAUUUAGUGCAGAGGGGAGAGAGAAAAAAACUGGCAAGCAGAGUGGAAUUGCAAAGUACCCUGUCACCAUCAUGUCACGUAGGUCAGGUAGGUCCAAUGCUAGCAAAUGGAACUAGAUUAAUUUCGGCUAUCAUGCUGGCAUCGGCUGGUUGGACCGAAGGGUCUGUCUCUGUGCUGCAUGCUGCAAGUUUCAAUGAGAUCCCUCAUUGCGGGUCGGAUCAGGGACUGACAGGGAACGGGUAGUUUGUAGAGACAAAUAGUUACCCAAGAGUCAAGAGUAGAUUAUCCCAAAUUUCAUUGGAACCCUCCGAAUUCAUGACUCGAAACGGAGACUUUCCACGCGUAUCGUUCACAGGCAAUUUCUUCAGUGUCGGCUGCAAUGGGGAUUCCCGCGUGGUCCCAACGAUCAGGACUCCCGCCUCCGCCGGAAUAACAACCAUCAGGCCUAUCAGCAUAACGGCGGCGUACUUCUGUCACCGCUUGGGUACAAAGACUGUAAUAAACUGGUCUGUAAAUGCUUGCGGGUCUGGGCUGAUUGUUUCCACGACCCCCGGGGUCAGUUCUGUUUGAGCGGGGAGGUCCGGGUGCAGACGGCGCGCUCUCGCUCGCGCCGCGGGGCUGUUUCAAAACUCCGGCAGCAUUCUAGCACCAACCGUCACCCGCCCGGAGACAGAGACAGGCACCCUUCCCUUCCCUUCCCCUCUCCCACAGACACUCUUACCAAGGGACAGGUAGAGAGACAGCAACACACUCCUCACCACCCACCCCCUCCGAGGCUCCCCCCGUCCACCACCUCACCUCGCUGUCCUCUCCAGGUCAAAGGGCAGCAACGCUCGGAUCGCCCGCUGACUUGGCUUCGGACAUUUUCAUCGCCCGGCCUGAAGGAUGCACCACUCAAAGAAACUGAUAAACUCUGUGGACAGCUGUGUGGACGAUGCUCUGGAUGGACUUGUAGCCUGCAAUGUUGGAAUCCAGCUGCUGCAGGGACACCGUGUAGUAAUCAGGUCUGACCUGAAGAACAUCAGAGGCAAAGUAGCUGUGCUGUCAGGAGGAGGAUCUGGACAUGAGCCUGCUCAUGCAGGAUACAUUGGUGUAGGAAUGUUGUCUGGUGCCAUUGCCGGAGAUGUCUUCACUUCUCCACCACCUAGAAGUAUUUCAGCUGCAAUCCGAAUUAUGGUCAGAGCAGGAGCAGCUGGUGUACUACUGAUUGUCAAGAACUACACAGGAGAUCGGCUGAACUUUGGCCUAGCCCUAGAGGCAGCAAAAGCAGAAGGCAUUCAUGUGGAGAUGGUCAUUGUAGCUGACGAUUGUGCCUUCACUACACAAAAAAAAGCUGGAAGGAGAGGUCUGUGUGGCACAGUACUUAUACACAAAAUGGCCGGGGCCAUGUCUGAAAUGGGAAUGCCGCUUAAUGAAAUUGUGGAGAAACUGAAUGCCGCUUUAUGUAAAUUAGGUACAAUGGGAAUAUGUCUGUCACCCUGCAGUGUACCUGGAUCAGAGCCAACCUUCAAUCUGGAAGCAGAUGAACUGGAACUAGGACUGGGUAUCCAUGGAGAAGCUGGUAUCGAGCGAAUAAAGAUGAUGUCAGCUGAUGAAAUCGUGCAAAAAAUGAUUGAUCACAUGACAGAUCCCUCUAAUGAAUCUCAUUUGAAUUUAGAAGCUGGGGAUCAUAUUGUGUUGAUUGUGAACAACCUUGGAGGGCUAUCCUGCCUGGAACUGAGUAUUGUGGCCAGAUCUGCAGUUAAAUAUCUGGAGCGUAAAGAGGUCAUCACUGAAAGGGCCUACAUUGGAUCGCUAAUGACAUCUUUGGAAAUGGGAGGAACUUCUCUGACUUUGAUGCAUGUAGAAAAUGAACAACUGAAACUCCUGGACUCACGUACUUCAGCCCCUGGUUGGCCUAAUGCAGGGAGACAUCGUCUGGUAAGGAGAUGUAAAAUUCUGAGUGCUCCUUUCUUGGAACCUGAGAUCUCAGACACAGCCCCUGAGUCAGGUCCUUUUGUGGAAAAGGCACAAUCAGUCUUAGACAAGAUCUCUAUCACUUUGCUUCAGAUGGAGGAAAAACUGAAUGAACUGGAUAGAGAAGCAGGAGAUGGUGAUUGUGGUGUUACACAUGCAAGGGCAGCAGAGGCCAUUAAGAACUUGCAGACAUCUAAUGCAGUUCCUGGAAGUGGUUAUCAGCUCCUUUUAUGCUUAGGCCGAUUAACACGGGACCAUAUGGGGGGGUCAUCAGGAGCGCUGUACAGUAUUUCCUUGAUGGCAGCAGCACAAUGUCUGAAAGAUAACGACAAUCCCACUGCCUGGGUAGCGGCAAUGCGUUCUGGAAUUGAAGCAUUGAAGAGAUAUGGAGGUGCAGAGCCAGGGGACAGAACCAUGCUUGACUCACUUUGUCCUGCUGCGGAUGAAUUAAGCAAAUUGACAGAUGAAGGUGGCAAUGAACUGCAAGUGCUGGCUGAGGCUGUGCAGAAAGCCGAAGAAGGCGCAGAAGCCACCAAGGAUAUGGCAGCAAAGGCAGGACGAGCAAGUUACAUCUCCUCAGCUCAGCUCACUCAACCUGACCCUGGAGCUGUUGCCUGUGCUGCCAUUUUGAAGGCUAUCUUGGCAGGACUAGAACAGCCUGCAACAGAAGAGCCUGCUCCAGAAGAGCCUGCUCCAGAAGAGACUGCUGCAGAAGAGCCUGCUGCAGAAGAGCCUGCUUCCAAAGAGCCUGCUCCAGAAGAGCCCGCUCCAGAAGAGCCCGCUGCAGAAGAGGCCACUGCAGAAGAGCCUGCUGCAGAAGAGCCAGCUGCAGAAGAGCCCGCUGCAGAAGAGGCCACUGCAGAAGAGCCUGCUGCAGAAGAGCCAGCUGCAGAAGAGCCUGCUCCAGAAGAGCCUGCUCCAGAAGAGGCUGCACCAGAAGAGGCUGCACCAGAAGAGGUUGCUGCAGAAGAGGUUGCUGCAGAAGAGGCUGCUGCAGAAGAGGCUGCUGCAGAAGAGCCUGCUGCAGAAGAGCCUGCUGCAGAAGAGGCUGCACCAGAAGAGCCUGCUCCAGAAGAGCAAGAAUGAGAAGCUUCUUGUUACUUAGAAGUCUGUCUUUGUUGCAUGUAUAUGCUUUUACUUGAGAUCCUUAAUUCCAGUAAACCUUUAUUAUCAUCAAAGUAGUCGGUGCUUGGGAGAAAAAAAGCUUAAAAUAUCCCAACUGGUAGAAUUACAUUACAUCAAUGUGUACUCAUUGGUCUCUUUUCCUGCAUUUCAUCAAUGCUUAAUUUACACCCUUCACCUGAUGGCUAAUUUGUACACCUAAUGUUCACUGAUACUUGCUCACCUUCACUCUGCAUAUUCCACCACUGGCACUUUCUAAAUGUAAAAUAUCUACUUGGCUUUACUGUGCAUGCUACAAGCAUGGUUGCUUACAGUGAACCAUGCCAACUGAACAUCCAGCAUUCACUAUGUACCAUACUACUAAUGUCCCUUGGCUGCAGUCUGUACCCACAGAUAUACAUUGUGCGCUGCUUAGAUUUUAGCACUAACUGUACAACUGCACCUGUCGAUCCCCACAGCCCUCUGCAAUCUUUGACAAUCAAUAUGUAACUGAUCAAUGCUCUGUGUGCAUUUACGCUAACUGACAAUCAUUAUGCACCACAGUCAGUGAUAUUCACUGUCCAUCCUACAAUAACACACCCUGUACCCAUCAUUAUCUAAUGUGCACACUAAACCUGUGCUAUCACUGGUCUCUAACACACACCAGUAACCUUAUUCACUCGUUGUUAACUGUUAUUUUUCUCUCGAACUGUAAGUUGAUAACCUCCAAGUGAUGGCAGUAUAAUUUUGUAAAUGUAAUUUCCUGUCACUCUUUCUACACUUUUGGAUAUUUGACUAGGGAUUAAUUACGUAGACACUGAGCAACUUCUAUUUACCCAUAACUUCCAUUUCAAGCAUCUACACACAAAACAAAUGGCACCAAUUGUAAUUUUAAGAAAACUAACACAGAAGACAGUGGGAGGCAAGACUAAAUGGACAGCAGCAGAUGAAGAUCCACGCAAUACGAAUACACCAAUAGAGCAAGGGACUGCAGAGCUUUAGUAAUCAAUGAUUAACUGUCAGUUCCUAUCAGCAAUGUAAAAAUCAUACUCAAUAAAGAUCUAAAUGGUCGUUGCAAUUUUA